UUUUCAGUGACGCUAAAUUGUGUUUAUGUUAAGAAUUUAAGAUGAAUUGAUAGUACAUGCAUUAACACUUUGUCAGCAGUAGCACUGAAACAGUUUUGGAUGUGAGGAGCCGAUUCCUUCACCAGUGAUAUUGCAAAAAUAUUCUUAAAAAAUGACAAUUACGAAGAAAGGUAAAGGUAUAGCAGCUGCAGGUUGAACUUGAAGCAUGAUGCUGGAUAUGAAACAUCACGCUUUUUCAUUCCAUAGCUGAUAGUGUAAUUUGGCUUCACUACAGAACAGUUUGCAUUUAAUAGCAAAGCAUAUGGGGCCACCUCUCUUUUCAAUUUUAGUUUGUUGUUGUUUUCAAGUAUAGAUGUUUGAUGCUUGAAACUCUCCCUACAUUGUAUGUCACCAUCUGAAAUCACAAAUGCAAUCCCAAACACCAUGCCCGAGCUGGGGUAUGAACCCUUACCGUCUGGAUUCAUGAAAUUUGAUCCAUAUGGUAAAGCAGCUAGCUGCAUCACCAAUUGCGUCACAAACUUACUAGUACUGUAUUGACACAACACACUGGAAAGUUUUGCAGACAUGCAGCUCCAUGUUACUACAUGUACAUCAAGGCAACAUCCUUGGACAUACCAUCCUAUGCAGACGUACAACAACAGCUUGCUAUGUGUAUAUUACAUCAAGCAACUUCUCACGAUAGCCCUGCUUUACUUUUUAAUUCCUAAUGAAUUGUUACAAUAGUUUGAUUUUGGGCCAGGGAAACCGGCAGCAGAAUAAUCAAAACCAGGAUAGUGAGUGAUUGAGUAAGACUCAUUCUCAUAAAAGCAGGUGAUCUAAUUCUUAUCCUUCAUAAAGACAAUGUCUGUUUAUACUAGUCACAUAUGGCAGCAGAUGUGGCUUGCAGCGUAAUGAACAAGUCAGUGAAAAAAGUGGCCAAGGUCUGGGGUUAAGUUCAGUAUCUAAAGUUUAAAAGCCCAGAGAUUUUCUUAACAACUUCUCUCAUAUGACAUUCUGUGAUGUGGUAAGUAGUGUCUAUUUCUGAGCUGCUGCCACAACUGUCAACAUCAUGACAAUGACCUGCAGUUCUUUUCUACAUACCAGACAGAACAGUCAUGCUUGUGCCCGUGUAAGACAUACGGGUAUUUUGCAAAGCAAAACAAACUGCGCAGUUACAGGGCUUGCACCACCAGGUACCACUCACACAGGUGUGACUUCUGUCUGUGACUGUUUUAUAAGACUGCAGAGCAGGCUUCCAAGUAAAAGUCAUUUUCAGUUUAUAGGAUCAAGUUGUCAAGUUCUGGGUUCUGGACUCUGUUUCUGGGCACAGAGAAAAAUCUUGCAUCACUUCUUGGCAAGGAAGAUUUUCUCUGGAGCAUAAACUUUACGGGGCACUGAGAACAGCAUGGGUGAAGAGCUGCCAGGGAUGCUGGUAUCCCUUCUGAUCAUCCUGAAGGUGCUUAGUUCAACAGAAGCUUCCCACAGCUGCCGACUUACAGGUUCUUCUUCUUAUAGACGCGCUUCCUGCUUCCUUGAGGGCCUCACCAGUGUUCCUCAGGACCUGCCAGCAAACAUUGUUGUACUUGAUUUAGGUCAUAAUAGAAUCACAGCAGUCAGUCAGUCUGAUUUCUCACGGUAUGGGAGCUUGAGAGAGCUAGAUCUAGGGUCGAAUGAUAUUGCCACAAUCAACAGUCAGGCAUUCUAUAGCUUGCCUAAUUUGAUCAAAUUGGAUCUUGGUUACAACCACUUGUCAAACCUCACUGCUGACAUGUUUACAGGGUUGGGAAACAUAGAGCAACUUUACUUAGACAGUAAUGACAUCAGUGAUAUUCCGACUGGAACUUUCAAUUCAGCACCACAAUUGAGAAGCUUGUCCCUGCGUAACAACAAGUUAGCAAACCUCAGGUCUGACAUGUUCACAGGACCUGAAAACUUGGAAACCCUUUACCUAAACAAUAAUGACAUCAGUGACAUUCCUUCUGGAACUUUCAAUUCAAAACCACUGUCCCAAUUGAGAACCUUGUACCUGGGUUACAACAAAUUAAAAAAAACCAAAUCUGACAUGUUUACAGGACCUGAAAACUUGGAUACCCUUUACUUAGACAGUAAUGAGAUCACUGACAUUCAGGCUGGAACUUUCAGUUCAACACCACUAUUGACAACCUUGUCCCUGCGUAGCAACAAGUUAAAAAAUCUCAAUUCUGACAUGUUUACAGGACCUGAAAACUUGGAGACCCUUUACCUAGGCAAUAAUGAGAUCAGCGACAUUCCCACUGGAACUUUCAAUUCAAAACCACUGUCCCAAUUGAGAAUCUUGUCCCUGCGUAACAACAAGUUAACAAACCUUAGAUCUGACAUGAUUAUAGGACCUGAAAACUUGGAGAAGCUUUACUUAGACAAUAAUGAGAUCAGUGAUAUUCAGGCUGGAACUUUCAAUUCAACACCACAAUUGAGAACCUUGUACCUGCAUAACAACAACUUAACAAACCUCAGAUAUGACAUGUUCACAGGGCUGGGAAACUUGGAGACCCUUUACUUAUACAAUAAUAAGAUCAGUGAUAUUCAGGUUGGAACUUUCAAUUCAACACCACAAUUGAGAACCUUGUACCUGCAUAACAACUACUUAACAAACCUCAGAUCUGACAUGUUCACAGGGCUGGGAAACUUGCGUGAACUUAGCCUGGGCAGAUAUGACAUCUUCCCAUGGCCCGGGCUUCAGCCAGACAAUAAUGAGAUCAGUGAUAUUCCGACUGGAACUUUCAAUUCAACUCCAGAACUGAGAAUCUUGUUCCUGCAUAACAACAACUUAACAAGCCUCAGAUCUUACAUGUUCACAGGGCUGGGAAACUUGAAUACCCUUUAUUUAGACAAUAAUGAGAUCAGUGAUAUUCAGGCUGGAACUUUCAAUUCAACUCCACAACUGAGAACCUUGUACCUGAGUAGUAACAAGUUAAGAAACCCCAAAUCUGACAUGUUUACAGGACCUGAAAACUUGAAUACACUUUACUUAGACAGUAAUGAGAUUAGUGAUAUACCGACUGGAACUUUUAAUUCAACACCACAGUUGAGAUACUUGUACCUGUAUUACAACAAGUUAACAAACCUCAGAUCUGACAUGUUCACAGGGCUGGGAAACUUGGAGACCCUUUACUUAUACAAUAAUGAGAUCAGUGAUAUUCAGGCUGGAACUUUCAAUUCGACACCACAACUGAGAACCCUGUCCCUGCGUAACAACAAGUUAACAAACCUCAGAUCUGACAUGUUCACAGGGCUGGGAAACUUGGAGACCCUUUACUUAUACAAUAAUGAGAUCAGUGAUAUUCAAGCUGGAACUUUCAAUUCAACACCACAAUUGAGAUACUUGCGCCUGAGUAACAACAACUUAACAAACCUCAGAUCUGACAUGUUUACAGGACCUGAAAACUUAAGGACCCUUUACUUAGACAAUAAUGAGAUCAGUGAUAUUCAGGCAGGAACUUUCAAUUUCACGUCACAACUGUGGGAAUUGGACCUGCAGCACAAUAGACUUAAAUUCCUAAAAGCAGAGAUUUUUGCAGAAUUGUCAUCACUCCAGUUCCGGUGGUUUUUACGCAUUUACAUGUACAACAACCCCUGGCAGUGUGACUGUAGGAUGGUGCCCUUCAGGCAGAAGAUGACUGGGUCCCAUCCAUUUGAAAACCAAAUCAGAUGUGAAGGCCCAAGCAACUUCCAAGGACAACAGCUCAAAGAUAUCAGUCCUGAAGAUCUGAUCUGUGAAGAGCCAACAAUAGCGAGGUUUGACAUGGUUCACAAUAACACAUUGGCCAAGGGAGAGACACUACAUUUGGUCUGUGAAGCUUCAGGAAUCCCCACACCAAGUAUCACAGUCAUUCUCCCGUUUGGACAGAUAGCAACUGUGGAGUCCAGUGGGAGGGUGACUGUGGGAGUGAAUGGUUCCAUUAACAUAACCAAUGUUACUGCAGCAGAUGCUGGUCUUUACGUUUGUAUUGCUGCAAGUCCUUUUGGCUCAAUAUUUGCCACACUGGUUGUAGAUGUCGACCUUAAGGAAAACACAACUAGUACAGUUGCACCAGUAACUUCCCCUCCUUAUAUUGUGCUUUCAAAACAACCUCAAUCUGCUCCCAGCUUCUCCCUAGCUGUUCUCAUUGGCUCUGUGUGUGCCUCAGUAGCAGGUACUGUUCUUGUUGUUAUCAUCAUUCAUACAAUAUGGCACAAGAGGAAAACCCAGAGUUCACCCUCCCCUUCAACCCCUCCAGUUGUUUACAGUAAUGCCUCAGCUAAGGUCACAAUUGGUGGGCAAGACCAGACAGGGCAGGGUGGGGACCAGGCCAGAAGCUCAGAACAUGUAGAAGUUGAGUACGCAGAUAUUGCACUGUCACCAAGUAACACGGAGACUAACGAUGCAUGUCAGACACAGCAAAUUGCUGAAUAUCAGUCCCUUGGACCCAACAGAAACAGAGCUCCCAGUGAUGAGCUUCCCCCACUCCCCCCUCCCAGUAACAGGAACAAUGGUGGGGCAACUGGUGCCCAUGACACACCACGUUACUACCAAUCUCUGAAGAAAAAACCUAAUCAGCCACUCUAAAGACUACAUCUUUUUUUUCGAAUUAAACAAGGUCCUCAAGUCAUUGGCAGAAAAAUAAAACAGCCAUUCUUGUAUAAAGUCAAAACUCAUAUAACCUUAUUAUAGAGAAACUGGUCAGAACCUUUAAGACCCAAGACUAGAUGGAAUUUACACAGACCAGAUAAAGGAUGGUUAUCACUGUUAAGGUUCUCUAUAACCAGCAACAAUUACAACAUUUAAACAUAUAAAUGAUGCAUCAACAAAUAAACAUGAAGAAAAGAAAGUAAUCUACUGUCAUAUAGCAAGAAUGAGUACUAUAUACAUGUACAUGUAUGUACUUCGUCCUUUUGUGGUGUGAAACUUUGAGCAAUAUUAUUCCAAAAUAGUUUUGUGCUUUGUUGUACAAAAUAAGGCAUUGUCUGUAAUUAAUGGUUUGGUUUGUAUGUUGUAAUGAUUUAAGAAUACAGGCAUGUUAUAUGGUCAUUAUUAACAUUGUAUUACUUAGUCCAGUUAAAUGCAAAAGUUGUUUGUGUAGAGGUUGCAAAUAAACCAGUCAUCAUCAUCAUCAUUACCUUUGUUAUUGUAUAAAUUAUGCAAUUAUAGACUUUUACAAAUUAUAAUCAAAGUAGUAACAUUAACCCAUGUGUUACAGUUAAGAAAUUGUCAUAUACAGACAGAAUGUAAGAUAUGUUGACUGUAAUUGUUAGAAGGUUUUAGACAUGCAUAAUGUGGACAAUAAGAGUGUGUGACAUAAUAGAAAAUGUUAAUCCAUUCAUUUAUAUUUUUCCAGUUGUUUUCCUGGACUGUAAAAGGAAAGUGUUUAAUUAGUUUGCUUGUGUAUUUAACUAUUAUUUACAUGUAUAAAUGUGAAAGACGCACAUAGUUGUUAAUACAUGUCAUGGAAUUUUAAGACUCUUAACUAAUA